AUGCCUUCUCAGGAGGACGGCGGCAAACUAUACCCUCCGAACCCUUCCUUUUACCGAGCCUCCGAUGCCUCGAGCUCUCGCAACACCCUUGCCGAAAGUGCCUCUGGCUCACAAAGUUCUUUACCCUCUGCCACCUCACUUUCGCCUUCGCCCAUCUCCGAGAGCACGGGCCGCCCACGGAGCGGACAAAUGUCGCGCCCGCCCAGUUCUCACUCACGCCCUCGCGUUCCCUCAGCAUCGCGCGGCCAGAGGCUGUCGCAAAUUUCCGACUCGCCAACGAGCGGAAGCGGCUUUACGGGGCGUAGUGUCGCUACAAGCCAUCACGGCGGACCGCCUCACCGACCUGGAAGCAGUGUGCAGAUUGUCCUGCCUGCACCCCUGGCCUCGCAGGCGGUGUACGCUCGGGAAGGGCAGCCCAUGUACAACAAUCCGCUGCUGGCGCGGUCAAGCGUUUACGCGGAUCAGUGGCUGACGGCGAACGGCAGUGACGGAUGCAGCACUUCCGACGAAGCCAUGGUUAUGCCACUCACGAAGUCGCGGAGCCGAAGUAGACACAGGCCUGCUGCAUCAGUUCCAAAUGUCUCACAGGAUCCUGUCCCAUCCUCCCCGCGCACCGCAUCUCAGCAUUCGCCAGCAUCCCGUUCGCGGUCCAGGCUGCGCAAGCAGAGGCACGAGGACGGCGCUCAGGCGGACGUGCCGGCGAGAUAUAGCAAUCUUGCCGACUUGGCUGAGUCGGUGUACGAAAGCGACGGCGCGCGGGGACGGUCGCGGAGGCAGACACAGUUGGAGAUUAUACCCUCUGGACGGAUAUCACACUCGUCAUCAUCCAACCCUCUAGAUCGGUGA